AUGGAGGACUGGCUCGCCAUGGCCUUCGGUAGGUGGGCGUCGUGCCCGGAAAUGUGCGCGCGCUGCGCCUGGCAGUCCAUUAGCAGUUUUGGGGUCCGUCUGGCCGCACUCAAUUAUUUGCGCCCCGUAGGAGGACCCAGUUUCGGAAUGGCCGCUGAAGACUCAAAAGAUAUCCUGAAGAAUGUGGACUGGAAGACUGUGGGCGGUGCAGUGACGACUGAAUCUAGCAAACCAAUUGUUAAGAAGCGUCUCCCAAAGAAAAUCAGACAAGUCCCUGACUGCUAUUUUCUCCCUCGGCGGUCUUGGCCCUCUGCACUGGCAAUCUACGUUGCUGUAUGUGCUGCUGGCGUUGGUGCAGGGAUGCUUCUUGAGGUUUGGAUAAACAAAAAAUCAAAGUGGCAUGCUGUGGUUAAAUUUGGUGAACAAUGUCAUUUUCUGUUGCGUCAAUGA